CUCACAUCUGUUCGUCUACCAUGGCCUCAGGAGUUAUCAUUGAUCUUCAUUCCCUCCUUCGGACAGUUCCACUUGCAACCAGCACCGGAAGCCUCGUUCUUGCUACCAGCGAGCUCAUAUUUUACUCCGGGAUGAUCCAGCCGUCGAUCCGUAAGAAGUCCGACUCGAUUCUCGCCGAGUAUUGGCGUUACAUAUUCCCUAGGGGAGUGAGCCUUGUACUGGCCCUCAAUAUCACGACAAUCGGGACUGCAUUAUGCAACAUUUUCCUGAAGAAUCCUCACUCCCGACCGCUGCCUGUUUCUCGCACAACGUUCUACUGGGCUGGCCUUAUUGGAGCUAUUGGGCAUUUGACUUUUGUACCAUUCGUCGCACCACCUAUUCAACGCAUCCUUGACAAUCCUGAUCCCGAAGCCGAGACGAGUAAGGAAAUGGAUAUCUGGCUGGGAUUACAUCGAAUUCGCAUGUUGGUGGCGGACAUACCGGCCUGGUUGGCGUUUGUGGGAGCUGUGAUGUUGACGGAUCGGUGAAUACGCUAUCGGGGCUUAUUUUGGCUGCCAGAUCGCGAUAUGCAGUUAUUUCUAUGGCUGUCUGGCUUUGAGACUUGUAUAGUAGUAGGAUUUACCGGGCAGGAUGCACUCACACCAGUCGGACAUCAUGGACUCUGUGGAUGAAGGCGCUGAGAGGCUUGCUGUAUGAAUAUAAUGGGGUUGCUGGGUGUGACGGGGGACUCGCUGCCUC